AUGUGGGCUGAGAAAAUGCUUCCUGCUCGUCUCCUUGUGCGGGGAGGCGUCCGAACCGCGAGGCUCGGCGUCGCUACUCCUCUGAUCAAAUUGUCUGCCACGGUCCCCUGCCUGGGAUCUCAACGACGAGGUUACGCCCCAGGUUCAGCACCUUACCUUUCCACGCGCUCCACCGUUGUCCAGCUCUUAAGCAACAUUGGCUCGAAGCGGGAGGUGCAGCAGUACCUGUCUCAUUUCACGUCUGUUUCAUCCCAGCAAUUCGCGGUCAUCAAGGUCGGCGGUGCGAUUAUAACCGAGCAUCUGCAAACUUUAUCCUCUGCCCUUGCAUUCCUGAACCAUGUCGGCCUCUAUCCUAUCGUCGUUCACGGUGCGGGCCCACAGCUGAACAAGCUGCUUGAAGCUGCGGGCGUUGAGCCGCAGUUCGAAGAUGGAAUUCGGGUUACGGAUGGGAAGACUCUGGCCUUGGCCAGGUCACUCUUUUUGGAGGAGAAUCUAAAACUGGUGGAAGAAUUGGAGCGUCUGGGCGUGAGGGCAAGACCGUUAACCACCGGCGUGUUUUCGGCGGAUUAUCUGGACAAGGAGAAGUACAACCUGGUUGGAAAGAUCAAUGGUGUGAACAAGAAGCCAAUUGAGGGGGCUAUCAAAGCCGGAUGCCUCCCAAUCCUGACUUCUAUGGCGGAGACUCCGGACGGUCAGGUUCUCAAUGUCAAUGCCGACGUUGCUGCUGGUGAAUUGGCUCGAGCUCUUCAGCCAUUGAAGAUCGUGUACUUAGCCGAGAAAGGCGGGCUCUUCAACGGUGAUACUGGCGAAAAGAUCUCUGCUAUCAAUUUGGAUGAGGAAUACGACGAUUUGAUGAAAUUAUGGUGGGUUCGCCAUGGCACGAGACUGAAGAUCAAAGAGAUGAAGGAGUUGCUCAACGACCUUCCGCGCACAUCGAGUGUCGCCAUUAUCCACCCUGCAGACCUUCAAAAGGAGCUAUUCACGGAUUCAGGAGCUGGUACUUUGAUCAGAAGAGGAAACAAGCUCCAUAUCAAGUCGUCUAUUGACGACUUUGAGGAUCUACAUACCCUACGAAAUGCCCUCGUUCGUGAUCGCGAGGGCUUGGACGCCAAGGCAACCGUUGACAGAUACAUCCAAGCUCUGCGAGGCCUUGAGUUCAAGGCUUAUUUCGACGAGCCUAUGGACGCUCUAGCAGUCAUUUUGCCUCCGAAGAAGGGCUCUUCUUUUGCUCAUCUAUCAACGCUUACUAUUACCAAGGCUGGCUGGCUCACUAAUGUCGCCGAUAAUGUGUUCUCCAGCAUCCAAAAAGAUUUCCCUAAGUUGGUUUGGACCGUGAAAGAAGACGAUGAGAAUUUGACCUGGUUCUUUGAUAAGGCCCAGGGUAGCCUUAACCGUGAUGGUGAGGUUUUGUUCUGGUCCGGCGUCAACAGCCCUGAAGAAGUAGGGGAGUUGGUCCAUGAAUUCAGCAAGCGUGGAAGCGACAUGUUUGGGGAUAUCAACCUUGAACCCAAACUCCCAACGUCCGCCGGCGGUGGUGCGAAGUUGGCUGCUGCUCAGCAGAAACGAACGUUCUCAACUAGUGCCAAUACGAGUGCUCUUCGCUCGUUCGGGAGCCAAAAGUUUCGAGCCAAUACUCAGUCAAUUCGGAGCUAUACCACGACAAACCCAAAUCCUCCCCUUGGAAAAAAGAACGCUUCCAAUACUCAGCCAUCCCGAGUAGCUCUUAUUGGUGCUCGUGGCUACACUGGUCAGGCUCUCAUCAACCUUCUCAACAACCACCCAUACAUGGAUCUCCGGCACGUGUCUUCCCGUGAAUUAGCCGGAAAGCCUCUUCAGGGCUAUGACAAGCGACCCAUUACGUAUGAAGAGCUCAGCCCCGACGAUGUCAAACGCAUGGCAGAGCAGGGUACCGUGGACUGCUGGGUCAUGGCGCUCCCAAACCUUGUGUGCAAACCAUACGUCGAUGCUAUCAACGAGGUCGAUAAAGAGAAGGCGGUGAUUAUAGAUCUUAGCGCGGAUUAUCGGUUCGAUAGUACCUGGACAUAUGGGCUUCCGGAGUUGGUUAACAGAGGCUCCAUUGCGCAAGCCAAGAGGAUUGCAAACCCAGGAUGCUAUGCCACUGCCGCUCAGCUGGGUAUUGCGCCAUUGGUGCCCUUCCUAGCUGGCCAGCCAACGGUUUUCGGUGUCUCUGGAUAUUCUGGAGCUGGAACCAAGCCUAGCCCAAAGAACGAUGUGGCGAACUUAACCAAUAAUAUAAUCCCGUACAGCUUGACAGAUCAUAUCCAUGAGAGGGAAGUUAGCACACAGCUCGGUGUUGAUGUUGCAUUCAUUCCUCAUGUUGCUGUUUGGUUCCAGGGUAUCCAUCAAACCAUCAGCAUGCCACUGAAGGAAUCAAUGACGUCGCGUGACAUUCGCAACCUCUACCAGGACCGAUACGCAGGCGAAAAACUGGUCAAGGUGGUUGGGGAGGCACCUGUUGUUAAGGAUAUCGCCGGUCGUCACCAUGUUGAAAUUGGGGGAUUUGCCGUCCAUUCGAGCGGCAAGAGAGUUGUUGUAUGCGCAACGAUCGAUAACCUCCUGAAGGGAGCCGCGACCCAGUGUCUUCAAAACAUGAACUUGUCACUCGGUUACUCGGAGUUUGAGGGCAUUCCCGAAGAGAAGUAG